AUGUCGAAAGCGGGAGGGUGCUGUUUCCGAAUCGGAUAUUUUCUAUACACAAGAACUAGAAUAGGAUAUUGGUAUCAUCAGAAAGAGUUGAAGAAGGCAAGAGAAAAACUAAAUGGAGCUGAUCAUUCAACAACCUCUGUUACAGAAUUUAAAGAUCUGAGUAUAUUACCAAUUCCUAUGUUGUUAGAUAAUUAUUGUUAUUUAAUACAAGAUAAACAGACUAAUAAUGUAAUAUUGGUAGAUCCUGGUGAUCCUGAUAGAGUUUUGAAAGUGUUAAAGGAAACCAAUAUCAAACCAGAUGCAAUUUUGAUUACUCAUAAACAUUGGGAUCACAGUGGUGGAAAUGCCAAAUUAAAGUCAGUUUUUCCUACUAUUAGAAUAUAUGGUGGAGCAAUGGAUCAUAUACCUGAAGUUACACACCCAGUGGCAGAUGGUGAUGUGAUACAGUUCGGUGGAUUAAAAUUAAAGGUCAUCUUUACUCCUGGUCAUACAGUCGGCCAUGUUGUUUAUGUUUUAGAUGGGUCUUCAUAUGGAGCACCAGACAGUUUGUUUUCUGGAGACCAUCUCUUUCUCUCUGGUUGUGGAAGAAUGUUUGAAGGAAAUGCCUCUACUAUGUUACGAUCAUUAGAUAAAAUAGCUAAUCUUAAAGCUGAUACUUUAGUUUGGCCAGGUCAUGAAUAUGCUGAAGAUGAUCUUGAAUUCACUUGUGACCUUGAACCUGAAAAUGACACAGCUCAGGAUAAAUAUGAAUGGACCAAGAGAAAAAGAGAAGUUAAAGAUGCUACAUGUCCCUCUACCAUUCAUGAAGAGAAAUCUUACAAUCCAUUUCUACGAACAGGAGAGGAAACAAUCCUACGGAACCUGGGAAUAUUGGCCAGUCCACUAUCACCAUUAAAUAUCACAGAUGAUGUCAGAUCUAAAGCUUUGGCUGAGGUUAGAGAUAGAAAAGAUCGAUUUAAAUAUAAAUUAUAA